GUGAGGGCGCUUUGGCGAAGCAUCUCGAAACGCCAUCGUUUCGCCAUAGCAUACGCCGAGUGCGCAAAAUGGCGCGUCCGGUGGUUGUGUGGCGGAGGUUAACGGUACUGCUGACCGUCCUCUGUCUACACGGCGUCAUCGUGCCAACGGAGCAGCAGGCCACGGGUGUGCGGCACGGUUUCCCACCGAGCGUUCUGCACGUGGAACCGGACGUCGAGACGAGCCGCCGCGUACCGCGCACGGUAACGGUGUCGCUCGGCGAUAUGGACGACGAUGCAGAUCCGGAGGUGGCCGCACUGUUCGCCCGAUCCACUUUCUUGCGUGACGAGCUGAAGCGGGUUCGCCGUGAUACGGCGCCACCGCCGAACGUCAACAGUGCGAACAAAAACGCUACCAGCACGGUGGCAACAUCGGGCACAACGGCCAGUAGCAAUGCGACGGACGGAGCAUCAGCAACAUCGAACAAGAAUACGGUAUCAUCGGAAUUUUCCCCGUCGCCAAUAAUCAAGGCAAAGACGACUCAUCUAAACGAUUCCCAUGGCCAGCUCAUUGUGCACUGGUUGGGCGAAGGGACGGACGUUAUGAUCUGUCUUGCCCGAGAGCCUCCAGAUACGGACAUGAAGUCACCGCCGCCCCCUCCCUCACGAAUCUUCAUGUCCAAAGAUUACGGUGAUACGUUUGAAGACAGGACGGCAGAUUUCAUGCUUAACGUCACUGGUGUUCUGACGAAUUCCACGGUGGAGCAAUUUUUCACGCAUCAAAAAUACAACACGAUUGUCUUUAUUGAUCCCCGAAAUCAAGCGAUAUUUACGUCAGAGGAUUAUGGCACCACUAUCACGAUGCGUAAGCUUGACUUUACACCUUCGGACGUGUCGUUCUACGACACGGAUAGACGAACAUUUCUCGUACUGGACAAGCGCGAUCCUCAGAGAAAGCUUUAUUAUACGACGGACUUUGGAGCAUCGUUUACACUUCUUCAAAGCUAUGUGAAAUCGUUCCUGUGGUCGUCGGGUGACGGUGUCCCUAUUCAUCUGUACGUCGAGCGCAAAGAACCUACGAAUACUUCAUCGGUGAUUUUCUUCAACGCGGCCGAUCUUUACACCGGUAACCGAAAGUUUAAUGUGCUGAUCGAGAAGGUGGAAGACUUUCACAUCCACAAAGACUUCAUGUUUGCGUCCCAGCGUUUGCCAAACAGCACCCAGCUUCUGAUUUCAUACAAACGAGGCAAAUUUGUCAAAGCAGAUUUCCAAACCGAACUGGACAUUCGAGGAUAUCAUGUGGCGGACGUCGAAGGACGGCGGAUAAUGAUUUCGGUCGUACAUUCGGAACGCAUUUCGCAUCUGUAUGUGUCGGAAACGAACGAUGACAUGACGGACAUAAAGUUUGUGCCCAGUUUGGAAAACAUUUUCACCUACAUUCCCGACCUGAACUGGCGAUCGAGUUGGUUGGUGAAAUCUUCCGAAACAGCAUUUACUGAUCUGUAUCGUGUGGAUGGCUUACGAGGUAUUUACAUCGCUUCGAAGAUGAAUCGACUGCCGGUCGCUGAAACGAUCACACCUGACUAUCUAAUGUCGGUAAUAUCGUUCGAUCAUGGUAAUACGUGGCGAACAAUUAAAGCUCCCGAAAGGGAUGAUGAAGGAGCUUUGUUGAACUGUGGCAAAGAUUGUAGUCUGCAUUUGACACAGAAAUUCUCUUCACUAUACCCAGUGUCUAGAUCCGUAACUAUAAUGAGCUCAAAAACGGCUCCAGGUGUAAUUAUUGCUUCCGGUGUGGUUGGAAAAUCACUCAAAGGACACCCGGGUGUGUACAUUUCGCGUGACGGUGGUCUCACGUGGAAGCAGAUACUAAAGAACUAUUACUUCUUCAAUAUGGGCGAUCAUGGUGGAAUACUGGUGGCAGUAAAGUACUUCAAGUCUAAGGGCGAAACGAACGAAAUCCUCUACUCAACGGACGAUGGCGAACGAUGGCACUCGACACCGUUCAUUGGCAACCAGCUGAAGGUGUACGGAUUGAUGCGAGAAGCGGAAGCAAACGGUACCAUCUUUACGUUGUUCGGUUCGGAGCAGGAAGAGCACCGGUGGUUAAUAAUUAAGAUCGAUCUGAGGAAUGCCUUUACCGCGAACUGUACGGAAGAUGAUUACAAAUUUUGGACACCCGGUUCGUACUCGGACGAUGUCUUUAUGCCGUGCGUGCUCGGUCGGCAGGAAACGUACCAGCGCCGGAAACCGCAAGCCAACUGCCACAAUGGCAUCGGGUACGAACGGCCCAUCCGGCAGGAGGUGUGUGAAUGUAACAGUUGGGACUUUGAGUGCGAUUAUGGGUUUGUACGCAGCGGCCAGUCGCGUUCGUUCUGUGUGCGCAACAAAACGCUAACACAGUAUGAUCCGUAUGCCGUUCCGAAAUCGUGCAAACCUGGUGCGUACUACAAUCGCACCCGCGGCUACCGGAAGAUUGAAGGAGAUGUGUGCGUUAAUGGGUUCGCUUCGAAAUUUCUGCCCCAAACGAUUCCCUGCCCGCUGGAGCAGUCGGACGAGUUUUUGAUAAUAGCCCAGCGGGAAAAGAUUUCUCGCAUUGAUUUGCGCAACAACAACACACGCACUGAGUUUGCUAUUCCCGGGCUUAAAAAUGUGAUCGCGAUCGAGUUUGAUUUAAAGCGCAACUGUGUGUUUUGGGCCGACAUACUAACGGAUGUGAUUGGACGGCAGUGUCUGAACGGGAACUCGACGCCGGAAACGUUGGUAGACAAUGGGCUUUCGUCGGUGGAAGGUAUGUCGUACGACUGGAUCUCGGAAGUGCUGUACUUUGUGGAUGGUAUGAGACUGAUGAUAGAGGCGCUACGUGUUCCACCGCCGGGCACGUUACCGCCAGCUGGUUCGCCCCGUCCGCCCAACAUUCGCCACACGAUCCUGGAUAGUAAGUAUCUGAACAAACCACGCGGUAUCGUUGUACAUCCUAUGGAAGGGUACCUGUUUUGGACGGAUUGGAACUCGAUACGGCCAUCGAUCUCGCGUGCAAACAUGGACGGUACGGAUGUACGCGAACUGUUCACGAAACCGCAGGUUGCCUGGCCGAAUGGAGUGACGAUCGAUUAUAUGGCGGAACGGUUGUACUGGGUAGAUGCUAGCAAGGAUUACAUCGCUAGUAGUGAUCUGGAUGGCAAAAACUUCCACAAAGUGAUGCAGCAGGAUCCGUUCGUGCAGCAUCCGUUCGCGGUGGGCGUGCUGAAGGAUGUGAUGUAUUGGGACGAUUGGAAGCAAAAUUCGGUCUUUUCGGCGGACAAAGAUCACGGCAUAAUGGCGAAACUUGUGGCAGAUAAUAUGGCCAACUUGAUGGAUAUGAAGGUGUACGGGCAUACGAUACAGGUCGGCACGAACGCUUGCUCGAAGAAUGAUCGGUGUUCGCAUAUCUGUGUCGGUGGACCGAAGCAUACGUUCAGCUGUCUCUGUCCGGAUGGUAUGGAGCUGGUGAAGGAUCAGUGUACCUGUCCAGCUGGAACCACACCGCAGGGCCACGGAUGUAUGCGGACGGGCAAAACUUGUGGUCCGAAGUAUUUCAGCUGCAACAAUGGGCAUUGCAUACCGCAGAUUUACAAAUGUGACGGCGAGGACGACUGUGAGGAUCGUAGCGAUGAGGAAGGCUGCCCGGCAGCGAAACCAGCCUGCCCACCGCACAUGUUCACUUGCAAGCGGGACCUGCAGUGCAUUCCGAAGCAUUAUUUGUGCGACUUCGAUAAGGAUUGCAAGGAUGGAAGUGAUGAGGAGGACUGCAAAACACCGCACUGCAAGAAGGGUGAGUUUACCUGCGACAAUGGGCGCUGUAUCAAACCGAGCUGGAUGUGCGACGGUGAGGACGAUUGUCGGGAUGGGUCGGAUGAGAAGGAUUGUCAGAAGAAAAAUGGUACGCUGAUCGAGUGCCAAGCGGACGAAUUCCGGUGCAACGCAACGAACGCUUGCCUGCCAAACCAGUGGCGGUGCGACACGGAACUCGACUGUCCGGACGGUUCGGACGAGGUGAACUGUAACAACAAUACGUGCGAAUCGUGGAUGUUUAAGUGCGUGAGCGAUGGGAAGUGUAUUUACAAAACGUGGCAGUGUGAUGGUGCGAAAGACUGCACGGAUGGUAGCGACGAGCAGGACUGUGCGUCGUUUGGCGGCAAGUCGGAAGUGUCUACGAACAAACCGGCAAUCAAUAUAAUGCCGGGCCAGGAGUGUAACGAGUGGAUGUUUAAGUGUAAAAACGAGCGCUGUGUACCGUACUGGUGGAAAUGCGACGGAGUGAACGAUUGCGAGGAUCACUCGGAUGAGGAUGGAUGUAGCGAGGUGGGUAAGGCGAUCCCAACGGCGACCGAUAACGGUACGACGACUGGAACAACGGCUGUAAAUCCGAUCACACCGACACCAACGAGACGGAAGGAUCGAACGUGCGGAUUACACGAGUUCCGGUGUGAUUCGGGCACGUGUAUCCCGAAGAGGUUUGUGUGCGAUAGUUACAGCGAUUGCACGCGCGGAGAGGAUGAGGAGAACUGUCCGAGCCAUAAGCUGUGCAGCAGUAACAAUUUCCGGUGCCGUACCGAUGGCAUGUGUCUGCCGAUGAACCGGUUUUGCAACGGAAUUCCGGACUGUGCCGAUGGCAGUGAUGAGGAGUGUACUUUUAAACCAUCGACGACGUCUGUGACUUCGAAUCAAAAUUGCAGUACCAUUCCGGGUGUGUUUGCGUGCGAUAAUACAUGCUUCGCUCUAAUGCUCCAAUGCGACGGUAAACCUGACUGUUACGAUGGAACGGAUGAGGAAAAUUGCUCCGGUAAUCGGAAAGGACCACAUUAUCAGGUUUCGCAGAUUAGUGUCGACGAGCGAUCGUUAAACUCGACAAGCUUCCUCGUCUCUUGGUGGAUUAUGAUGCACGCGAACGUAAUAUUUGAGUAUUUGCCAUCCAUCCAUUACAACAAUGAGUGGAAAAAUGUAUCAAGCUGGAAUACGGGAACUUCAUACCGCUUUACCAACCUCAAGCCCUACACGACCUACACGGUCACAACGUACGUGCGGGCGAAGGGUCAAUCAAAGAUAACGCCACCGUACAUUUACUACGAAAUAGCGACAACCGAAGGAAUUCCAUCACCACCGUUAGGCGUUUCGGUCAUACAGCAGAACGGUUCGCGGGUACUGGUCAGCUGGGAUCCACCAAAGGAAGUGAACGGUCGCCUCGAAGGAUACACGGUCAACUUUCGGUCACAGUCGAAAAAUGUAACACCAGCACAAAACGUUAAAGUGAGCGCAUCGGAAACGAGCGUCGUCAUUGACAAAGACUUCAAGCCACACGUGGUGUACGAGUUUUGGGUGAAGGCACGCAAUGGCAAGCACGAAUCACUGUCCUCCGUCAUGGUACCGCUCACGUUCGAUGGCACCUCGUUUGUGGAGAAAUUGACACGCAUCGAAGUGCUGAACAAAACGGCCAAAUCGGUAACGCUACGCUGGAAACCGGUCAACAAUGCGGACGGGUACAUGGUGGUGCCGAUACUACCCCAAACCUAUCCCGUACUGCCCACGAUAAAGGUUCAAAAUGCGACUGUAAUUACACUGGAUAAUAUGGUGCCCGGUACGCAGUACGUAAUUAAAGUUGCGGCGUAUGUGAAAAACUUUUUCGGCCAACAUGAGACAACGAUUGUGUCGUUCGGUGGCACGCCAUUACCGGCACUGAACGUGGAGCUGAAGGAAAAAACUAACGAUUAUGCACUGUUGGAGUGGAAUGAACCGAAAGGACUGGAAACGAGUAUGUUGGUGUAUGGCGUUUACUACGGUACCAGCAUGGACGCACUGUUUGAAGCCGCUCGCAUGAAUACUACAUCGCGCAGCAUUAAGUUGACUGGCCUUAUGCCUUGCCAAUCGUAUCUGGUCAGCGUCGGUAUCGUCGGUCCGAUUGGGCCGGGUCCGUUGGGGCGCAAUCCGCUGAAGCUGGAGACGGCUUACAAUCGUACGCUACCACCAAAGGAACUAACAGUUGUAAUUAACGAAACUAGUCAAGAAAUGACCAUCGAAUGGCAGCAUAGCUGUGCUUUGGAAUUGGGCGCGUAUCCGUCAUACAUUAUAUCGGUGCGCGAACUGACGCUGAACAAAACAUCCGUCGUGACGGUGCAACCGUCCAGCAACAAAACGAUCGUGCACGUGUUCCGCAAGAUUCCGAAGGGUGCCGCGUACGAGAUAUCCGUAUCGACCGACAUUCCAAAUGCGCAGGCGGUCAGCAUGAUUGCGUACUCGGCUCCGUUGCCGGCGCCCGACCAGUUGCAGGUGUGGCCGGAGCGUAACGGAACGCACGUUGUUUACUGGAAAACUGUGAAAGAUUUUAAGGAUGAUGGCUACACUUACGAAGUAAUUGUACACGAAGGUCAUGGCAUCAACAAUUCCGUACCGCCACUACUUACGAUACCGGCCAAAGAACCGCCUACUUUCAUUCAACCAGACCAACUAAAGUCAAUCCCUGACCAUGGUGUAUUUACGGUUGGCGUCCGGCUUAGAACGGAUCAGGGUCUUUACUCUGACAUCGUAGAGACGGAAUCCUUUACCAAAUACAGCUUGCUGAGCAUGAUGGAACCAUCCACCUCUUCCGUGGGUUCGUCCUGGAAAUGGAUCGUGCCGACCGUUGUGGUGGUUAUACUUGUUGGUGUAUUAGCGUACGGUGUCCAGCGCCACCGACGGUUGCAGAGCUCGUUUAGCCGGUUCGCAAACUCCCACUACGACACGCGAACCGGUGCCACGCGCAUUGGAUGCACGCUUGAUGAUGAUGAGCACGAACAUCAGGAGGUGCCGCGCAGUUUCUCCGACGAUGAGCCGCUGGUCAUUGCUUAAGAGACGGUAGGUACAUUGUCCUUGCUUUUACUACGCACAUACACGGGUUGCUGAUAUUAAUAGAUUUCGUGCUACAGUAGAUCUCCACGUUUCCACGUGUCACCA